AUGAACGCAAAAACGGAAUAUUUAAAAAAAUAUUAUCACGAAAAACCAAGCAGCUGUAAUUCUUUAGAUGAAGAUGCCUUGCACGAUUGCAUACCAGUUAACUGCGAUCUAAAAUAUUCUGGCAGGAGACCUUUUUUUGACCCGAUUCGUAGAAAAUGUGCUAGCGCGCCAAAUUGCGAAACUAAUUUUAAAAGGAGUCUUCCCGACGUGGCGUAUGUACCUAAAAGCAACAUUUGCAGGGAUCUCGAUCAAUAUAUAACUGUCGGUGAUAUAUACGGUAUUAGUACAGGUUUAGGCGUUGUGUCUGAACCAACUAAAACCACGAUAAACCAAAUGACCGUUCGGGUGAAAUCAAAUUGCUCAACUAUAUCUGAAAAUUUGGCACUACUAAGAGAUUUGAUGACUGGUAAACUCUGCCCUUUAUAUACCGGUGAUACUUCAGAAUAUAACAAGUGUUGUUUAAGAGCCUUAUUUUCCAUUUGCGUGUGUGUCAUGGCCAUGAGUGCGUUGUUGCUAUCGAUAGUGUGCUGCAUCCAUACCAUGUUUUUCUGUUACAAAAAAUGGACGACAGGAGAAAUAACAUUUGCCUUCCACAAUAUGAUGAGUAAAAUGAGAAGAAAUAAAAAGAAUGUACACAGAAAGCCUUCAAUGUUGAGUAGGGAUCUCACAAACAAUUUGUUGAAGGAAGUUUUGACUAGAGAAUUGCCAUUAGAACUAAGAGACAGUAUAGUUGAAAUAUGCGAGAGGAUUGGCAGAGAAGUUAAACGGAAGAAGAGAUACAGGAUGGUGGACCUCGGCAGUCAGAUAAAUCUUUUAGAAGACGAAAGUCGUGCUUCUACUACUAGCUCAUCAAUGCAUGGUGACGAAGAGUAA